AUGACUGCACCAGUUGGCCCUGGUGCGCGUCGCUAUUUAUUUUUUCAUAAGCCUGGGCGUGGGCGUAAACCUGGGGCGAGCAAAACAGCGGUUGCGAAAGAAGAUUCGGAGCGUGACAGCAGUGCAACAGCAGCUGAGGUAGCAGCCACAGUGGCGCAGGGACGUCUUGAAACAGUAAUUGCAUCUGUAAGCAGUAGUUCGGAUGAUCAACAACAGUCAUCUACUGCUCUCACUACUGCUGUUAACGACAUCGGAGAGACAAAAGUAGUGACGUCGCUGACGGCACAGGACCAUAUCAGUAGCUUACAGCCAAUAUCAUUUCACAGCACAGCUGCCAAUAAGUCCGACGUUAAAAAACCGUAUUUGCAGAUUUCACGAUGUGACGGCAAGCGUACACCAUCGGUGGAUUUACUCACUGAUUCUUCGCCGACACAUCCGUCAAGCGAGAUGCUCCGGCCCGGUCGUCGGCGGCACCCUGCCGACUACAUGCUGCCAAUAGUAAUGAAUGUUCUUAAUGCGAAUGAUUCCGAUUUUUCCCACUGUAUUCCAUCAUCGUCAGCAAACGAUCAGAAUGACUCACUUUUGAAGGCUGUAGGCGACGAGGCUUGUGAACAGCAGCGACAGCAUGACAACAGAGCUGAUGCCACUACGGACACUGAUAGCUUAGGUUGAUACUAA